AUGUUCCCAGUGAUUUCCAGCCAUCGCCUUUGGUGGGGUGGGCUUCAGAGGAGAAUAAGCCUGAACCAACCAGUGAUAAGCAGGCAGACCCUUCAGCAUAUGCAUAUCAGUAUUGGAGACCGGGCUGAACUCAGCAGGGCCUUCACACAGAGGGAUGUGGCUGCCUUCUCAGAAUUAACAGGAGAUGUCAAUCCUUUGCAUUUAAAUGAAGAUUUUGCAAAACACACCAAGUUCGGAAAGACAAUUGUACAUGGAGUUUUGAUCAAUGGACUUAUUUCAGCUCUCCUGGGUACUAAAAUGCCAGGGCCGGGCUGUGUAUUUCUUUCCCAGGAAAUUAAAUUUCCAGCCCCUUUAUAUGUUGGAGAGGUUGUUUUAGCAUCUGCAGAAGUGAAAAAGCUGAAGCGGUUCAUUGCUGUUAUUGCAGUGUCAUGUUUUGUAACAGAACGUCAAAAGACUGUUAUGGAAGGCUGGGUUAAAGUGAUGGUCCCAGAAGCUCCCACAUCCUGAAAUAUCUGUUUAAGAUGCAAAUUCAGGCAUCAGCGUUACUGUUAUUGACGAGUCUCUGGGGAAAACAGAUUGCUGCUUCACCAAGGAAUGGCUGAGAGAUCCAGAAGCCCGUGUUGGGGGAGGGGGGGGCAGGUAGAGGGGUGUUGAGAUGUCCACUUUCCAGUUUGGCCUUAUGCUUCACACAAUGUGAGUAGGUUCAUCAUUUGUCUUGGUUUUUAAAAUUGAAAAAAAUAUUGGAAAGUUUAUCAUUUAGCUAAAGGUUCUACUUUUAGCAUUUCAAACCUAAUUUGGUUUACAUUUAGAUAACAAACCUACCUAUGUGUGUAGAAUAAGUUUUUCACUGAAUUUAUAACUCGCUGGCAUUUAAUUAUCGAAGACAACAAUAGAAGUUGAGUCAUCUUUGAGUACCUACCUUCUACCAGUAAAUAUUCUUAGUUCCUGUUUUUCAGCAGUUUCCAGGUCAGAGUUUAUUGUAAUUUGUUACUGUUUACACCAAGAUGGCAUCUUGCUCAACCUUUGGUGGCGCUUGCCUUUCAGAUGGUUUUCCUGUUAUUGGAGGAAGGCUUGUGUACAGAUUUGGACUCAGUUAUGUAAACCGUCUCGGUCUAGCUACAAGUAACUAAGCCCAAGGCCUGGCCUAUAAACAGUAGCUACUACUAUUGUCCAUUCUCCUCUAUGACUGAGAUUAGAGGUCGUCUUGAGUUUAAAGCUAACUGACCCACAGUUAAACAGUUAACAGGCCAAUGUUUCAGGAUGUUAACCAAUCUCUAUUGGUAUUCCAAAACCUGGAAUAGAUCUGGAAUACAAAGUUUCCAUUUUAGGAAUCUAGAUUAUUUUCUCCCUCCCUCGAAAAUAUGGUGGGUUGUCCCCUCCGCCUCAUUAUAUAAAUAAUAUGUGCAUAUUGUAAAAAAAUUAAAUAAAAAGUGUAAGGAACACUGUCGAGGCCAACUUCUUAAGAGCUGAGCGGUAUUGAAGAGGCAGUGUGCCUAAUGUGUUAGUACUAGAUGGUCAUCUCCAACACAGCCAGCACUUUUAAGACAAGAAUCUACCUGUGCUCCGUGGUUUUAGAUGGUGGCUCUGACCGCAGCUGGAUGCUUUGAUCAGGAAGGUAAGAUCAAGUGUAAGUGGUGGAAUCAACCCACAUUUCCUGGAAAAAGGUUUUUUCUCCUGGUGGAUCAGUAACUAGAUUUUUUAUUUUUAUUUUUUUAGAUCAAGGCAUCAGUUAAAUGAAUUACUAGAAAGAAUUAUUCUAGUCACUAGAGGGCAGUGAUGCAUAUAAAUAGAGUAUUUUAAAACAGUUUAAUAUUGUGUCAUACUCUGGUUUGUGAUGCUGAGACAAAAAUACCCAAAUUCAUGUGAGGAUGCCAUUGUCAUGAGUUUCCGAAUGGGCAGCAUGUGCAGGCUCAGAUCCAUCUGAAGGCGGCUUAUAAGUGAAAUACUACGCAUACUGAAAAUUUGAUAUAAGGUAACAUUGAAGAGCAAAAUGGGGAACUUGAGGCAUAAAAUAUGGACUUGAAGCCAAGACUGCCUACUCCUGCAGAACUCAUUCUCUGGACUGGGCAGCAGUCUUGAAGUAUGGGUCCGUAAAUGGGUUGUGAUGUGAUCAUGAAUACUAAUACCAUAUUUGGCCUGCACAUAAUUGAAAUGUCUGAUGAGCCAAUUUUCUACAUUAACUCUAAUCCUUGAAACAACUUUGUGAAGUUCAGUUAAUGUUGUCCUGUUUUAUAGGUAAGAAAACAGACUGAUGCUGUGUGACUUGCCCAAGAGGUGGUCCAGCUAGUAUGCAGUAGAGCUGAGAUUCAGACUGGGGCCUCCCUUGCUCCAAAGCAUUUCUUUUUUUCUAUCACCCUUGGGUCAUAAAUGUUCCCAUUAAUGGAGGACUGUCAGUUUCUGUAAUAGUAUCCUGUUAUGUGUCAGUAAAGUAUUUGGAACCACCAUUCUACAGAAUUCUUUUUAUAUUCGGAAUGUUCUAGAUCUUAUUCCCUGCUACAGUUGUAGCAUUUUCCUAUAUACUAUUACUUGAUGGCUUCCACCCUACCUAUCACCUGUCCUUUUUCUAAGUUGACAUUCAGUGAUUAUUUGUCUUCAGAGCAGAAUUACUGAAAGUGUUAUUCUAAAGAUGAAUUAUGUGCAGGCCAAGUACGGUGGGGAGGGAGAGAUGUCAGAUCUGGCUGAUAGUGAUUUAUGCUGUAUAAUUCAAAAGUAGCUUCUCAAUAUGAGCAUUUCCAUUUGUUUUAAUGCUCCCUAGUUGUCGUGGUCUUUGAUCUCUGAUAAUCAAUAAAAAGUUGGAAUAGAGAAGUA